GUUUGUGUCCCCGAAGCCAACGCCUCUCUUUGUCUCCAUCCUCCCUGCACACUCUCUCUGCUUGGUUCGCACCUUUUUUACUUCUCUCUCCAAGAAAUGCCUGCAAAGGUCCUAUCUUUUUCACCUGCCUACCCAAUCCAAGCCCACCCAUGGCGGCUUCCCUCCGUGAGCUCCUCUCCCAAGAGAGCACACAUCUCCAUCCGAAGCCCCGUAAGUCCCCGAGGCCCGGCCCCCCUCCCCUUUGCGCCGACCGCCGGAGCUUCGACCGCCCCCGCCGCCGCAGCGGCUGCUCCAGCCGCCCCUCCGACCCCUCCAGCUCUAACUCCAACGCCUCCAGGGUGAACUCCCUCGGGUCUGCUCCCCCCAGGUCCUUGGUCUCUGCCGCCGCCGCCGACGACUACGUCGACGACGACCCCUCGGCCGACGAGGCAGCGGCCCGCGCCGUCGUCUCCGUCCUCUCUGGCUACACCGGUCGGUUCUUGAAAGAUGAGGCUUUCCGCCGGCGGCUGCGCGACAAGUGCACGGCGUGUAUCGCCACGGCCCGGAAGGGGGUCGCCCACGCGGUGCUGGCGAACCUGGAGCUCGGGAUCGAGAGCAUCGAGUGGCUGGCGGAGGAGGGCCCCCAUGGCGCGCCCAGAGACUCCAAGAUCCGAUCUUUGCGGAACUCCAUCCGGCUGCUGAGCGUGGUGGCCUCGCUCAACUCCCCCCGGUCGCGGGCCGGCGGGUACACCUGCGGCGUGCCGAACGCCCACCUGUCCGCGUGCGCGCAGCUCUACCUCGCCGUCGUGUACAAGAUAGAGAGGAACGACCGGGUCUCCGCCAAGCACCUCCUCCAGGUGUUCGUGGACGCGCCCUACCUUGCCCGGAAGAACCUUCUACCGGACCUCUGGGACCAUUUCCUGCUCCCCCACCUGCUCCACCUCAAGGUGUGGUAUAACAAGGAGGUGGAGCUCGUCGCGAGCUGGGAUGCGGAGGACAGGGACCAGAGGAUGAAGGGCUUGAACAGAGCUUACAAUGACCAAAUGGACGCCGGCACUGCUCAGUUCGCGGUCUACUACAGGGACUGGAUCAAAUCUGGCGGGAAGGCGCCGCCCGUCCCUACCGUCUCGUUGCCGCCGAGACCCAGUUACCUCGAGCCAUGGGGGAAAAGAUCCCUGUCAUUGUCGCGGAGUUCGAUCAAUAGAGACCUGUAUCAAGCGGUGUUCGGUCUGUCAUUGGAACCGGAAGAUAUCGGCGACAACGGUGUGCUGAUUGAUGACAUGCAAUCAGCUUUGGAGAGGGAAUUUGAUGAUAAUUCAGCUAGCUGCAAGCGUGGGAGCCUUCUCCAUAGCAACACUGGGGUUAAACAAAGAGAACCAGACACAGUGCGAGAGCAUCCAAUCUCUGGAGCAGCUUCUGUACCCCGCAAAUCACAUUCUUUUCGAUUAUUCUCUUGUCGAAGCAUACCGGAUGCAGCUUCAGUUCAUCAUGCACAAACUCCUAAAAAAGAUUUUGCUGUAAUUGGCAGCCAACCAUGCAGCAACGUGCAAUCAUCAAGUCUUAGCCGAGCGAUUGAUCUUAUUUCUCAAUCCGAUAAUCUUAAAGAAUGUGAAGCUGCAGUUCACAUAAUUGCAAAAGCUUGGCAUUGUACACAAGGAGGUACUGCUCUUGUGACAGCGUUGUCAACAUCAUCUGUGAUUGAGGGUCUUCUGGAGGUAAAUUUUACUUCUAAAGAUGACGAAGUACUAGAGUUAUCGAUCUUGAUCUUAGCAGAGUUGGUUGCAAGGAAUGAUGUGAACAGACAGGUGGUACUGCAUGCAGAUCCACAGCUUGAGAUUUUCUUGAGACUGUUGAGGAAUCACAAUCUUUUCUUAAAGGCAGCAGUAGUGCUUUACCUGCUAAAACCAAAGGCCAAGCAGAUGCUGUCCUUGGAUUGGAUACCAUUAGUUUUGCGGGUUCUGGACUUUGGAGAUGAAAUGCAGACUUUGUUUACUGUACAAUGCCAUCCCAAAUCAGCUGCAUUCUACCUUCUAGAACAGCUUCUUAUGGGUUUUGAUGUGGACAGAAAUGUUGAGAACUCGAAACAGUUGGUUGCCCUUGGUGGAUUGGACCUCCUGAUCAGAAGACUUGAAGCAGGUGAUGCUCAGGAGAGUAGAAACUGUGCUUCACUCUUAGCAAGAUGUAUACGAGCAGAUGGAAGCUGCAGACAGUACUUGGCAAUGAACAUAAAGAAGACUCCCAUAGUUCAACUCCUAGGGAACCAACAAAAGUCCCAUGGAAGUGCGAUUUCUUUGCUGAGUGAACUGCUCUGUCUCAACAGAACAACACAGAUUAUGACAUUACUGAAGGAGCUAAAAGAUGACGGUUUCCUGAACAUAAUGCAUGUCCUAUUGGUUUAUCUACACCAAGCACCGCUUGAACAACGCCCAGUAGCAGCAGCACUUCUUUUGCAGCUUGAUCUUCUGGGAGAUCCUUUGCAGUACAGUAUCCACAGAGAAGAGGCAAUUGAUGCUUUAAUAGCAGCCCUGGAACGCAAUUUGCACAAUAAGAAGAUCCAGGAGAAGUGCAGCAGAGCUCUUUUGCUCUUGGGGGGCAGGUUUUCUUGUUCGGGAGAGGCCACAUCAGAGGCAUGGUUACUUAAGCGAGCAGGUCUACAUGAUAGCCUUUCAGAUUCAUUCAGAAGCAAAGAGAUUUUUGUAGAUGACAAUAUGAGACCGGAAGAAGAAAAAGUUACUGAAGAAUGGCUUAGGAAGUUGGCCAUUGUCUUGUUAAGUAGUGGUAAUAAAAGGUUCCUGGUUGCUCUAUCAAAUUGCAUGGCUGAUGGGAUCCCUGGUCUGGCACGCUCAUGCCUUGUUACAGUCGCAUGGAUGAGCAGUUCCCUUGUUUCAUGGCAUAAUGUGAACCAUCUGCAGUCUCUAGUUUGCUCAACUCUAGCACCUCGCUUGUUCGAGAGCCUGAGCUAUCAUAGAGCACAAGAAGAGAGGGUUUUGGCUUCACUCUCACUAUUCAACUUUGUUAGAUAUCCAGAGUGCCUUCCUAAGCUUUUCCCGAUGGACAAAGAAACAAUUUGCUCACUCCAAGAUCUUGCUCAAGUGACUUGGACUGCGAAAGAACUUCUCUUCGCUUGCUGCAGGUGAGCAAUCUGUGCAGUCAUAGACGAGAAAUAUAGCUUGUCGCAGAGAUGGCAUUCACAAGCGCGAUCUCAUCGGACGCAGGUGUCCUGUGUAAGUUUCUAGCUUCAUUUGUACUUCCUGUCCCCCUAGCAAAGGCAACAAGUACACUUCUUUCCACUUGUAAUAAGGCUGUUUCCUCCACAAAAUUCAAGCUUAAUGUCACUUGCUGCUGAAGUCUGGGCAGGAUGGUUUAAGCUCCUGAUGCAAAGCUUGAUGUAAAAGAGUGUGCUUUGUAGUGUCCUAUUCUUAGUGGUACAUUUCAAACAUUACAUGCAAUAAUUCUUUAUUUCCCA